AGUGGACCCGUGUAACAAAAGUCAAAGUUCAUUUCAAGAUUAGAAAUAAUUGUUUGUGCUAUUUUUCUUCUUUUUUAUUUCUAAAACUUUUUUUUUUUUUUUGUUAAUAGCUUUUAUGAAUCACAUAUGCAUUGGUAUAGAGUUUGGCUUCCUCCAUUGAAUCGUCGGUAAUGGACGUGUAUAUUACAUUAGCAAUACUGUUGUAAUUGUAGCUGGAAAAGCAGUCGAAUUCAUAUUUUUUUUUUUUUACAUCUUGCAUUAGAAGCUAAGGCUUGACAAAUUCAGGAAAAUUUGAUAUCGUAAUGUCAAAGUAGUGAAAUGAAUUCAACCAAUCAAAAAGCUUUUAAUCUUUAACUCUCUUAACAACAAGUAAGCCUAGUAUAUAUAAAGAGGUGGGAUUUUGGUAGAUGUACAAAUUUAUUCAGAAGAAAUACAAUGCAGUUGGAGAUUGUAUUAGGACUGUUGUUGUCACUUUGUGGAGCUCGGUACAGCAUUGUUGUUCAAAUUGAUGAUUGUAAUACCUCGAUAUCCUAUGUCAACCAUUCUCUGCCAGAACGUCCAGAAUUUUACCGCAGUAUCCAUUUACAAAAAGCUCACCUAGUCGGCGAAAACCUGGGAACAGUGGUCUUUUGCAUGAUUCACGAAAUCUACUUAGAGCUCAAAUAUUUGGAGUCAAAGUUACAAGAGCCAAUGGAAGAUCCGUAUUGUUCAGGACCUUGUAAACGGAGUGAAACUAUGGAAACAAAAAGAGGAAAAAUGAACAGAAAAAACCAAAGGCAGUGGUCGAACUCUCGUGCAGCUACGUUACUCAAAGUGUUGCGGAUGGACAGCUUUGCGAAGAAUCUUCAUCGGCGACCAUUAUCAUAAGAAGAUGUACAGUCUAUGUUUAACUCAAGGACAAUCAAAGAUAGUGAUACACGUUUGAAUACAUGUUGUUUUGACGGAUUUACUUUAAGAUUUGUAAAUUUCUAUACUAUUUUCAUAUCAAUAGAUGCAAAUUGCUCAACGUUUCAUUUGUGUGUGUAGCGCUACAGUCCCACAGUUACUAAAAUGGCAAUUGUGAGGUCAUGAACAUAUAGAGAGCUUGUUCAUAAGAUAGUAUUAAUAGCUACUGUAAUCACAAUUAUUCCUACAAUCUCAUAUCAUCUGUGAUAAUA